AUGGCCUCCACCGGGGUGCUGCCCUUCAUCCGCGGCGUCGAUCUCAGCGGGAACGACUUCAAGAUCUUGGAUGUCCGGGAGAACCCAAACUUGGUGAUGCCCCCAAAGCCUGUGGACCGAACUUCAGAGUGGUACAACAUCGACUUCUCCUUGCAAAACCAGUUGCGGCUGGCUGGGGCAUCUCCUGCCACGGUAGCAGCAGCGGCUGGAGGGAGCAGCCCGAAGGACCCCAUGGCCCGGAAGAUGCGCUUGCGGAGACGCAAAGAUUCAGCCCAAGACGAUCAGGCCAAGCAGGUGUUGAAAGGCAUGUCAGAUGUGGCCCAGGAGAAGAAUAAGAAGCUGGAGGAGAACGGAGACCUAAAAUACACGGAUCUGAAGACCCGCCGCUGGGACCAGAGUUUGGAGAAACCUCACCUCAACUAUUCGGAGUUCUUCACGGAAGAGGUGGGCCAGUUGCCAGGGGUCACCGUCUGGCAGAUCGAGAAUUUCGUGCCCAUCAUGGUGGAUGAGGCUUUCCACGGGAAGUUCUACGAAGCCGAUUGCUACAUUGUGCUGAAGACGUUCCUGGAUGACAGCGGAUCCUUGAACUGGGAGAUCUACUACUGGAUCGGCCAGGAAUCCUCCCUGGACAAGAAGGCCUGUUCGGCCAUCCACGCCGUCAACCUGCGGAACUUCCUGGGGGCUGAGUGCCGGAGUAUUCGAGAAGAGAUGGGGGAAGAGAGCGAUGAGUUCAGCCAGGUGUUUGAUCACGAGAUCUCCUACAUCGAAGGGGGCACGGCGAGCGGCUUCUACACGGUGGAAGACAUCCAUUAUGUCACCAGGCUUUACCGUGUUUACGGAAAGAAGAAUAUCAAAUUGGAACCAGUUCCCCUGAAAGCGACUGCUUUAGAUCCUCGUUUUGUCUUCCUGUUGGAUCACGGCCUUGAGAUCUACAUCUGGAGGGGCAGCCAGGCUACCCUAAAUGGUACCACCAAAGCCAGGCUCUUCGCUGAGAAGAUCAACAAGAAUGAGCGGAAGGGCAAGGCGGAAAUCCUGCUGCUGACUCAGACGGAGGAGACCCCGGAAUUCUGGGACCUCCUUGGUGGGCAGGCAGAAGAGAUCAAGGCCAACGUCCCCGAUGACUUCAAGCCCCCCAGACCCAAGCUGUACAAGGUUGGCUUGGGACUGGGCUACCUGGAGCUGCCCCAGAUCAACUACAGGCUCUCUGUGGAGCACAAGAAAAGGCCAUCCGCGGACCUGUCGCCCGAAAUGAGGCUGCUCCAGAGCCUGCUGGACACCAAGUCGGUCUACAUUCUGGACUGCUGGUCAGACGUUUUCAUCUGGAUUGGCCGGAAGUCCUCACGCCUGGUGCGGGCGGCUGCUCUCAAACUGGGCCAGGAGCUGUGCAGCAUGCUUCACCGCCCCAAACACGCCAUGGUCAUCCGGAACCUGGAGGGCACCGAGUGCCAGGUCUUCAAAUCCAAAUUCAAGAACUGGGAUGACGUUCUGAAGGUGGACUACACCCGCAACGCCGAAGCGGUCCAUCAACCCGGUGGCCUCUCAGGAAAAGUCCAGAAGGAUUCCGAGAAGAAGGACCAGCUCAAGGCUGACUUGACUGCCCUGUUUCUGCCACGUCAGCCCCCGAUGCCUCUGAGCGAGGCAGAGCAGCUCAUGGAAGAAUGGAAUGAAGACCUGGACGGCAUGGAAGGCUUCGUCCUGGAGAACAAGAAGUUCACCCGGCUGCCGGAAGAGGAAUUUGGCCACUUCUAUACCCAGGAUUGCUACGUCUUUCUCUGCCGGUACUGGAUCCCUGUGGAGACAGAGGAAGAUGAGGAGGAGAAGAAGAAGAAGAAGAGAGAGGAAGGGAACGCUGAAGGCGAGAAGGAGGAGGAGGAGGAAGAGGAGGAGGUGGAAGAAGAGAAGCAGCCAGAAGAAGACUUUCAGUGUGUGGUUUAUUUCUGGCAGGGCCGCGAGGCCUCCAACAUGGGGUGGCUGACCUUCACUUUCAGCCUCCAGAAGAAAUUUGAGAACCUUUUCCCAGGCAAGCUGGAGGUUGUGCGCAUGACGCAGCAGCAGGAGAACCCCAAGUUCCUCUCCCACUUCAAGAGGAAAUUCAUCAUUCACAAGGGGAAGAGGAAAGCCAGGGAUGACAACCUCCAGCCCAGCCUCUACCACAUCCGUACCAACGGCAGCGCACUCUGUACCCGGUGCAUCCAGAUCAACACGGACUCUGGCCUUCUGAACUCUGAAUUCUGCUUCAUUUUGAAGGUUCCCUUUGAGAGUUCCGACAACCAGGGCAUCGUGUACACCUGGGUCGGCCGAGCUGCCAACCCCGAUGAAGCCAAGCUGGCCGAAGAUAUCAUGAAUCACAUGUUUGACGACUCGUACAGCAAACAGGUGAUCAAUGAGGGAGAAGAGCCGGAGAAUUUCUUUUGGGUCGGGAUCGGAGCCCAGAAACCUUACGAUGGAGAUGCCGAAUACAUGAACUUCUCCCGUCUUUUCAGGUGCUCCAACGAGAAGGGCUACUUUGCGGUGUCCGAAAAAUGCUCCGAUUUCUGCCAGGAUGACCUGGCGGAUGACGACAUCAUGUUGCUGGACAAUGGCUGCGAGGUCUACAUGUGGGUGGGGACGCAGACCAGCCAGGUGGAGAUCAAGUUGAGCCUCAAAGCUUGCCAGGUCUACAUCCAGCACAUGCGGUCCAAAGAUGCCAGCCGGCCCCGGAAGCUCCGCCUGGUGCGCAAAGGCAACGAGCCGCUUCCCUUCACCCGCUGCUUCCACGCCUGGAGCGUUUUCCGGAAGCCGCCAGCUUAAGGGCGGCACCCGGUGCCCAACCUCAGGCCUCGCCUGCCACCCGCAGCAGCCACCCCCACCCCCCAUGGGGAUUCCUCCAACAGAUGGGCUUUGUAGUCUUGUGCCAGCGCUGGGCGGUCCAUCCCCUGCCCGGCACUGCAACGCGCUUCUCUUCGAGCUGCGGACUGGAGAAAAGGUUACUCGGGGGGGGGGAGGGGAAUUGCUCCCUCCCACCUCCAAAAUCCCCCCCCUCCUGCUUCCAUUCCCAGUGCCAGUCAAAAUCUCCUUUCCCGGUUUCCUCCCCAAGCUGUUUCAGGCGCCUGGCCUUCUCUCUUAGCCAUUGUUACAGCCAAGAAAUCUUGGUUUUCCUCCCCCCUCAACCCCUCCUUUGUUGCCCCCCAGGUGCUCUCUGGAGCCCCCUCCCCCUGGCUCAGGAGCAGCAACCUUGCGCAGGCCAGGCUGAGGCCCAGGAGGGUCCCCCUGCUUUUGGGGGGAAAGGGGGUGUCUCUGGCUAAGGCUUGCAAAGAGAUUUCUGAAUUAAGUUUGGAACAGAAGCAGAGAAAUUUAAUGGGGGGGGGGUAGAAGCCCCUGACCUGCAAACCGAAUGUAAGAUCCUGCCCCCCCCCCCAUUUUCCACCCCCCCCCCAAGAAGGAAGAAUUUCAGCAGGUGCUUUUGUGCUCCUCAAGGCCACCCCUGGCUAAAAUUCUUGUAUUAUUAUUUUUUACAACUACUAAAAGCACAAUUCUCUUUUAUUGCCUUCCGGUUGAAAUGCCUGUCCCUCCCUCUCUUCCUUCCUUCCUUCCUUCCUUCCUUCUUUGCACUGAAUUACAGAGUUUAAAGCAAAAAAAAAAAAACCAAGCUUGGUCACACAAACAAGGGGUGUCCUGCUUGCUCCUAGUCCUCAAGAGGUUUGGAAAAGCAGGUCUCUUGCCAACUUUCCGCUUUGCAGUCUGUUGCGGUGGCCCCCCCGUUCCUUCCUAGGUGCCACCCUUUGGGAAGGGUGAGAAGAAAGCCACAGGGGGUGUGGGUGGGGUGGGGGGAGAACUUUUGUAAAAGCAGGAGAAGUGGCACCUAUUUUAAACCCAGCCUGGGUCAACUUGGUGCGGCAUCAACAUCUGCAGCAAUUGCUACCAGCUGCAGAGCGCAUGGCCAAAGGCAGGCUAACUCCAAAACAGCCACAGCAGCAGCAGGCAGGAAUGCAACCGGCAAAGCGCAAGGGCUGCGUCUCUGGCCCGGCACGAACACAGCGCAGUGGGCAUCCGUCCGUCCCAGGGCUUCACAAGCUUUCUUGUUAAGUUCUCAAUAAAGAUUGCAAAGAUGGCCGUUUGUGAGCUGCCGUGUGGCGUCCUUCUCUUCUGACGGCCAGAAGCGCCCCCGUCAAUUUUUAGCGGGUUUCCUCCCCUCUUAGGUGUCGGUCCUCUAAACGGCGUUUCCCCCUCCUUGCCCGGUAGCAGGAAAAGGUCCAGUAUUUUGAUGUUUGCAAGCUACACUUUCUCCGCUUCCUGCAAUGAGGGGCGGUGAGAAACUAGACACGGAGAGGCUGCAUUAGAUAGUAAAUGCUUUAUUCUUCCUUUAUUAAAAACCUGCAUUAAUUACUAAACAAUGCUAAAUCCAUUCUCUGGACCAAAAAAAAGGGGGGGGGGUGGAAUCCGAAGAGGACGUUCUACAGGAAAACUAGCCCCCUCCCCCCCUCCGUGGCUACCACAAAAAAAAAAACAGACUCACAAUGGCACACGUCCAGACACCCACACAGACACCCGUCAGGCACUCUCUCACACACACACAGAGCAAGGAUCGAAUCGUACCUUUCCACCCAAGUGGACUUUCAAAGGUCCCAAAAAAAGCUGGGGAGCCCAAUUCUCACGUACAUCAAAAAGGGGGGAUUUAUUUCUGAAGGUUUUGGUCCCCACUUCUUAGCUUCCCCGCCAUCUUAUCCACCCUCCAGGGGAGUUUUCUUGGCACAAAAGCAGCAGCCGUGAGAAAAAGGAAUCCUUCCGAGCAGAAAACGGAGCUUGAGGUCCUGCGACAGGCUCAUCUUUUUGGCACUAGAAGUUCUCCCACCUCAGCGGGGAAACAUGGAGGUGAAGCAGGCAAAAACCCACCCCCGCCCCAGAGAAAGGGGUCCGUGAUGCUGGGCGGCAGUGGGGAGAGGGGGGGGGAGCACUGACCGGUGGGCCAAAGCCCCGUAUUUUGGAGACAAGGUCUCCGCAACCUACGCCAAAACACUGCAGCUUUUGCACAGUGGCGCACGCAGCUCAUUCUUGCAAAGUCCUUUCGGUGGCUUGCAAAAAAUCCCAGCAAGAGGUUUUCUAAGGCAGGAAAGACACCCCCCAUCCCACCCCAAAAAACCCCACGAAGACCUUUGGGGCGGCAUGCAGCGUGCCUCGGACUGGUGAGGGUCGGCAGCCGCUGCAGAAAUUGGGAUCAUCAGGCCAAACUGGAGCUGGCUCAGCCAAAUUCGGCACAGGCAGCCAAAGCCGGGAUUUCUAACGGGGGGAAGCUGGAGGUCAGGGGACCUGUACCCCGAGAUUCCUAAGAGCUGGCCAGAUAAAGAGAAGGCAAGCCCACCAAGGGGUCCCAAGGCUUUUGCUUCCUGCGCUCAAUGGAGGAGACCCCGCAUUCUUCAGGGCAUCCAGACCAAAACCCCAUCCUGAGCUCAGCGAAAACUCUUCAUUUCCUAGACUCGGGGAGCCCCCUCCUCGGGUUGAAAGACCAAGUGGGGAGGAAAGCAGAAACAGAAACCGCCCUUAUUUACCAUCCUAUCAUCUCCUGGGAUGAAGAGAGAGACAUCAGCUCUGUACCAAACCCAGUUAACUUUCCCUCCCCAACAC